AAAAAAAAAAAAAAAAAAAAAAAAAAAGACCUCUGGUUAGGGACCCAUGAAAACAAGCCCGUUUUCCUAACGAGCAUAUUGAAUUUGGUUCAUUUACUGAGUGAUAUGGGUAGUCAUUGGAGACAGAAGUGGGUCCAAUAUCAGCUUUGCCAAAGUUACUGUUACAUUACGUCUUGCCACUUCAACAAAAGGUAGGCAUCAAAGUAUUUUGAAAUGCAUGACGUUUUAGAACAUGCCCAGCAUUGCUUUUACUACAGCCGUUGGUUUGGUGCAAAUGGAAGUUGAACAUCUAGUAACUUCCUAUUUUUUGCUGCUAAUGCCCUCCCCCAUCCUAAUUACACACGGCUUCACCUUUUCUUGCCUUAUGUCUCCAGUUUCCCUGUUUUAAAAAACAAAAUGGGGGGACACACACAGAUGCACAAUAAGAAUAUUUCAGACCCAGAGAAUUGGUUAUGUAACUAGUGCCCAGCGCAAUUAAUUCUGCCUCUCCUAGGUUCUUCAGCAACCUAGCUUCCGUAUCCCCCUCUAGAUAACUAGAUGAUAAUGGACAUGAGCAUGAGCACAGCCCUUGUAAUUUUCUAGAGCAAAAGCUUGGUGUAGAGGGGAGGAAUCUUUAUAGUAUGCUAACAGAUGGAGCUGUGCUUGGGUCUCGCUGAUUUCCCAGUUGGACUGCCCGUUCCUUUUGUGCAGGCUUUGGAAUUUGUGGUCUGGUGUUUAGUGUCACAUUUCUCACAUAGUCAGUGCUGGCAUUGUGAUUUGCUACGUGGCUGUCUGCUCUCCUUAUGUCGUAUUUCGUGGUGCUGUAGCAUUCAGCUUUGGUCAUCAGUUCAUGAUAAUUGACAUCUUUUUGUGAUCUGGGAGUGCAUGAACGCUAUUGGUAUUGGUCUUAGAACUGUACGUUCAGAUUUGUUGCCAUUGUCUGUUCUCUGCUCAUCAUAUCCCUCUAUCCUUCCCAGGCUGAUUUUAUUUGAAAGCUGAAUUUGGAUUCUGUCUGUGCCCUUUGGGCUGUGAAAUCACUUACUCCUAGAAAUUUAUCUGUCAUCAGAGCAUCUCCCGUCGUCUUAGAGCUUCAACUGUCUCUCUCAUGCCUUUUGAGGACCAGUCCUUCCUGGAGCUUAACCUGGCAUUUCACAGGUAACUUUAGAACAGAACAAACAAACAACUGUUUUCAAAACAGGAAACUUUCAUCUUCCCCAUCAAGGAAAAGGCAAGUGAAACAAAAAACAUUAUCUCUCUUUUACUCCUUAACAUGGUUACUGACCUGACCACUGGGUUCCAGGCAGAAAUGUCAGUUACCUUUGUUGUUCUUUUUCUCUUUGAUCUCUUACAGUCUUGUCAAUAAAGAGGUGUUGAACUUCCUUCCUGUUCCGCUUCUCCCUGUUUCUGCUGCUCCCAGGCCUUUGCCAACUCUUGUCUCGGUUAGGGAAGUGACUUUGUCUUAUUUUACUGGCAGUCUCUGUGUCUACCCAUCCUCUGGACCCAGCUUCCAGGAUUACUGUUCUGGAGUGUGGAUUUGACUGUACAUUGACCCGGCUGGUACGCUGCAUGAUCCCCUGAAUCUCCUACACUAAAGCCCACAAUUCCUUUAGUGUUAUAUUUAACGCUUUGCAAUCUGUGCCUCUAAAUUCCUUUUCCAGCCUUGUUCCCCAUCCAUGAACUUCUUGUUCUGAUGAAAUUCGAUUUCACACCACACCAAUGCUGUGCUAUUUCCCUGUGUUUUUUGCACAUACUGUUUCUCCUGCCUUACUGAAUCCUACUCCUCUUUCGAGGCUGAACACUUCAUAAAGCCCUUUUCAACGUUGUUACUCUGUCCCCUUUACUACCACAGCCCUUCGUGCGUGCACUUGUGCAGCAUUUAUAUUGCCUUAUGUAUGGUACCUUGUGUUUGUUUUGUGGGCUGCCUUAUGGGCAGGCAAAAUCUUUCCUGUGUUGUGUGCUCACUGUUUAAAAUAGCAUUUGACAUUAGAGAUACUCAGAGAGGAAGCCCUCACGGUGUUUAUAAUGAAUCUGGGUCAUGGUAGAUACUUGAAUACUUAAAAGUGGUCGUGGAAUGAAUGGACAAUAGAACAAGCGUCUCAAAUAUAUGAAAAUGUAUUCUGGUCUGUAAAUAGCCAUCAUUGUCUUAUUUUUCCUUUUCUUUCACCGUUCCUUCGUAUCCUUGUGAGAAACCUGCAUCUCCGUCCUUGUGCACUGUAACAAGUGAGUGCUGUCUCUCCGUGGGGAGCAGGUGUUUGUGGGGCGUGAGAGGAUCUGAGGAAGAUGAAGCCUGGGGGCCUAGGCCUUUGGGGUUUAGGGAGAAGCAGGAUGUGGCGGUGGGAGGGACCUGUGUCAUAGGAGCUAGACCCGGAGUGUUUUCUUUCUGUGUUUGUUUCUUGUAGUGCUAAUGGGGACAAACUGUUUUGAAGUUUUUCCAUUUUGAACUUACCGUAUUUAGUGAUAUUUUCCUUUCAGCUAACAUUUCCUAAAUACUUGCUUGUUAUUAAAUCUCUGGUUAUGACAUUUCAGUGAGUAAAAAAAAAAAGUGAUCCAGAAAUUAAACCUGAAGCUGCUUUUUUUUUUUUAGAAGCUGCUUUAAACCUUUCUGAUUAUGGAAGGCAGACUGUGACAGUAGAAAGAACACUGCCCCUUAGGGAGUCAGAAGAACUACGUGCCGUCACCUGCAAGCCGCAUUGUGACUUGAAGCAAGGCUUGUCUGAGCCCCCCGUGAAAUCGUGGCCCUGUCGUAGCAUUGCGUGAAGUUCCAGUGGGCAUAUGUGAAGGAACUUCAGCAGCUACGAAGCACUUAGAAGCUGUGAGGUGUAGGGGAGGGUUUCGGAGCCAAGGAAGAACCAAACUUUUAUUGAGGGAAACAGCGCAGUGGUUGUGCAUUUGUUAGUUUAAUCGCAGUCACUCAUGGAACAAUAUGUGCUGGGUGCAGGGCUGAGUGAGUCCCUCCUUCCUCCCUCCUCCCCCCUCCCCCUAGAAUACAGACCUUUCAGUCCAGCAGGGAGGACCUGUUAACGUACAGUUGGCGAUAAUAUAAUAACGAUAAAAUAAUGGCAAGAGUGGUACAAUUUGCCUAUGAGACGUAAGAAGUACGUAGUUACGUGAAUAAUUGUUACCAGUAUCUCAGAGAUGUGAGGGGGUGGUUUUAUCACUGCGGGGUGCUUGCUGGCUCGAAUGAACACUUUCUGCAGUGCUCAAGUUGGGGAGGUAACUCUGUUAACUGUGUUUAAAUUGGGCCCUUAGUUGCAGUUUGAGCUGUGAACCCCUGUCCUCACACCGCAGCACACCCCCGCUGCCUCCAUCAGAAGCACGAGAGGGAAAGUGCCCACCUGUCCGUCCUCACAGAGCCCCUCCGAGAAAAGCGGAGGCUCAUGGGGAGCCAACACGAGGUUCGAGGUUCGGGGACGCAGUGAGUUAGUAGUAGGACUGCCCUCUGUGGCUCUUGUUCUGAGCAGUCUCUCCGAUCAGGUACCUUGUACUAGAGAGUUACCUAGAUUUGUUUAUUUUUUUAAGCGGUUAUUUCGCAAUCUUUUCCUCCAGAAAUUGGAGGCACUUAGUAUCUUCAUCUUGUCCAUUGAGGUCUGUAACCUGCAAGUUUUAGAGGACUUUCUGUUAUCAUUUCUGGUUAGUAAUGUAGAGGAAGAAAGAAAGUACUUCAUGUUAAUUUCGAUGAUCCUCGACCGGUUAAAGUAGGUUUGGCUGCAGUGACAGGUCCAAACAUGUAAGGACAAUCAGAGUUCAUUUCUCCAUCUUCUAACAGUCUGAGGUGGUUCCACGUUGUGUGUGUGUGUGUAAGUAUCGGAGAGUGGUAGAUGGGGUGGCACUCUUUAAAGCAGUCAUCCAAGGACCGAGGCUGCUGGAAAUGCUUCCAUUUUGAACUUGGGGCUUCUAAGGAUGCCCUAGGGAGUCCAGUUCUCCAUUAACUGGAAGAGGGGCACAGAAUGGAGGAGUAAGCCUGAGAGGUCUUGUGGUCCUGACCUGGAAGAGGAACCCGUCCCCCCCCCUUUUUUUUUUUUUUUUAAUUUUAAUUAAAAAAUUUUUAUUUUGAGAGAGAAUGAGACAGCAAGCACGAGUUGGGGCAGAGGAAGGGGUAGACAGAAUCCCAAGCAGGCUCCGUGCCAGGAGCACAGAGCCCGACGCGGGGCUCGGACUCACAAACAGCGAGAUCACAACCUGAGCCAAGAUCAAGAGUCGGAUGCUUAACCUACGGAGCCAGCCAGGAGCCCCGGCACCCAUCCCAUUUAUUCACGUGCCAUUGGCUUCAGCUCAGUCAGGGUGACAUCCCAGCCGUGGUCGAGACAGAGGAGUGUUAGACGAGCUGUGUACUGAGGAAGAAGAGAAACCACUGUCUUUGCCACAAAACCAAAAGCACCCCGCUUUCUGUGACUUGUCGUGCAGCAGAGAUCCUGGAGUGAAGCCGACGGAUGAAAACAGGAUUGAGGAACCACAGCCACGUGUUUCUCAUUCAUCGAGUAUUGGAAGUGGAUCCUGGGUCUUUCAGGAGACGCCCUGGUGUGGUGGACUCUCAUCCUCACAUGUCAGCCUCGAUGGGACGUCAUGAAGUGUUGUCCUUGAGACGGUUUAAACGGAAGCAUCUUACAGCCAUCGACUGCCAACAUUUGGCUCGGAGUCACUUGGCUGUGACCCAGCCCUUCGGUCAAAGAUGGACCAACAGAGACCCGAACCACGGUCUCUAUCCUAGACCCAGAACAAAAAGAGGGACUAGGGGUCAAGGAUGUCGAAGGUACGGCACUGAAUUCCUCCUAGCUGGCCAGCAGCGGCGCACCAAUGACAUGGCCAAAAGCAAUUCUGUGGGCCAGGACACCUCUAAGGACUCGGAGGGGGAAAUGAUCUUUGCCGCGGAGAGCAACUGUGCCCUGCCUCGAGAAGGUGAUGGAGAAGCCAGACUGGGCUCGUCAGGGUCCGCGCCGCCUGCGAGGAAGCGGUCCCGGUCCUUUGAGGACGAGAGGAAUCCGGCAACAGGGACCAGUCAGUGGGACGGGGCUUCUAAGAAAACGCCACGGCAUCGUUCGCUCCUGUCAUGCCCAAGACCCCGGGAAGCCAGGCAGGAAGCAGAGGACUUUGUGUCCCGGCCCUCUGCGGAGUCCGGAGAACCCAGCCAGGAAGUGGAAGACGUCGGUCCUGACCCCAUUCCUGACUCUUACUAUGGGCUCCUGGGGACCUUGCCUUGCCAGGAACCCCAGAGCCACAUGGGCAGCCUGCCCAGUGAGGUCCUGAGGCACAUCUUUGCUUUCCUCCCUGUGGAAGAUCUCUACUGGAACGUGAGCUUAGUGUGCCACUUCUGGAGGGAGAUCAUCAGCGAUCCGCUGUUCAUUCCUUGGAAGAAGCUGUAUUACCGAUACCUGAUGAAUGAAGAGCAAGCCGUGAGCAAAGUGGAUGGCAUCCUGUUGAACUCCGGUAUAGAGAAGGAGUCGGACUUGUGUGUGCUCAACCUCAUCCGCUAUACAGCCACCACUAAGUGCUCCCCAAGCGUGGAUCCCGGACGGGCGUUGUGGAGUCUGAGGGAUCACCUCCUCCUCCCUGAGGCAGAGGCCUGCGUGCGUCAGCACCUCCCCGAUCUCCACGCGGCUGCUGCGGGUGUCAAUGUGUGGGCUCUGGUGGCGGCCAUCGUGCUCCUCUCUAGCAGUGUGAAUGACAUCCAGCAGCUGCUCUUCUGCCUCAGGCGGCCCGGCUCCACCGUGACCAUGCCAGACAUCACGGAGACCCUGUACUGUAUCGCCGUGCUUCUCUAUGCCAUGAGGGAGAAGGGGAUCAACAUCAGCAACCGGAUUCACUACAACAUUUUCUAUUGCCUGUAUCUUCAGGAGAAUUCCUGUACUCAGGCCGCAGAAGUUAAAGAGGAACCAUCGGUUUGGCCAGGCAAGAAAACAACCAUCCAGCUCACACAGGAACAACAGCUGAUUCUGAACCACAAGAUGGAACCCCUCCAGGUGGUAAAGAUUAUGGCAUUUGCAGGCACCGGGAAGACCUCUACCCUGGUCAAGUAUGCUGAGAAGUGGUCUGAGAGCAGGUUUCUGUAUGUGACAUUCAACAAGAGCAUCGCAAAGCAGGCCGAGCUAGUCUUCCCCAGCAAUGUCAUCUGCAAAACCUUUCAUUCCAUGGCCUAUGGACACGUCGGGCGGAAGUACCAAUUAAAGAAGAAAUUGAAUCUCUUCAAGUUGACCCCUUUCAUGGUCAAUUCUGUCCUUGCUGAAGGGAAAGGUGGAUUCAUAAGGGCCAAGCUCGUGUGUAAGACUUUAGAAAACUUCUUUGCCUCGGCUGACGAAGAGCUGACGAUUGAUCACGUGCCUAUCUGGUGUAAGAACAGCCAAGGACAGAGAGUCAUGGUUGAACAGAGUGAAAAGCUGAACGGUGUCCUUGAAGCAAGCCGACUCUGGGACAACAUGCGGAAGCUGGGGGAAUGCAAAGAAGAGGCGUACCAAAUGACUCACGAUGGCUAUUUGAAACUCUGGCAGCUGAGCAAGCCUCUGCUUGCCUCUUUUGACGCCAUCUUUGUGGAUGAGGCCCAGGACUGUACCCCAGCUAUCAUGAACAUAGUUCUGUCUCAGCCAUGUGGGAAAAUCUUUGUAGGGGACCCACAUCAACAGAUCUAUACCUUCCGCGGUGCGGUCAAUGCUCUGUUUACAGUCCCUCACACGCACGUCUUCUAUCUCACACAGAGUUUUAGAUUUGGUGUAGAAAUAGCUUAUGUGGGAGCUACUAUCUUGGAUGUCUGCAAGCGAGUAAGGAAAAAGACUUUGGUCGGAGGAAACCAUCAGAGUGGCAUUAGAGGUGACACAAAGGGGCAGGUGGCUCUGUUGUCCCGGACCAAUGCCAAUGUGUUUGAUGAGGCCGUGCGGGUGACCGAAGGAGAAGUGCCUGCCAGGAUACAUUUGAUUGGGGGGAUUAAAUCAUUUGGAUUGGACAGAAUCAUUGAUAUUUGGAUCCUUCUUCAGCCAGAGGAAGAACGGAAGAAACAGAACCUCGUUAUUAAAGACAAGUUUAUUAGAAGAUGGGUGCACAAGGAGGGCUUCAGUGGCUUCAAGAGGUAUGUGACCGCGGCUGAGGAUAAGGAGCUGGAGGCCAAGAUUGCAGUCGUUGAGAAGUAUAACAUCAGGAUUCCAGAACUGGUGGAGAGGAUAGAGAAGUGUCACAUAGAAGACCUGGACUUCGCAGAGUACAUUUUGGGCACUGUACACAAAGCCAAAGGCUUGGAGUUUGACACUGUGCACGUUUUGGACGAUUUUGUGAAAGUGCCUUGUGCCAGGCACAACCUUGCACAGCUGCCCCACUUCAGAGUCGAGUCGUUUUCUGAGGAUGAAUGGAAUUUACUGUAUGUCGCGGUAACUCGUGCCAAGAAGCGUCUCAUCAUGACCAAGUCCUUGGAGAACAUCUUGACUUUAGCUGGGGAGUACUUCUUGCAAGCAGAACUGACGAGUAACGUGUUGAAGACCGGGGUGGUUCGCUGCUGUGUGGGGCAGUGCAACAACGCCAUCCCCGUGGACACUGUGCUCACCAUGAAGAAGCUCCCCAUCACCUACAGCAACAGGAAGGAGAACAAGGGCGGCUACCUCUGCCACUCGUGUGCAGAGCAGCGCAUUGGGCCGCUGGCCUUCUUGACGGCCUCCCCCGAGCAGGUGCACUCCAUGGAACGCACCAUCGAGAACAUAGUGCUGCCCAGACACGAAGCCCUGCUCUUCCUCGUCUUCUGAAAGCCACGGGGAGCUUUCUCCACGGUACAGAAUGCCUUGUGUGGAUUCCAGUUACUUGAAGAAAGCCAGUGUGGGGUGGGGUUCUCACUCACCUGAGACUCUGAAUUCGCUCACAGAGCAUUUUUUGAGGAAUACAAAGCCAACGAGAGUUGGACCUGCCAUUUCUCCAUUCCUUGUAGGUAGCCCGUUUCCACCGCCCCUCCUCUGUGCGCAUCAGGCUGGGGACGUGGGGGUGUUCUUUU